AUGAGAGAAAUCCUCCACAUCCAAGGCGGUCAAUGUGGAAACCAGAUCGGUGCAAAGUUCUGGGAAGUGAUCUGCGACGAGCACGGCAUUGACCACACCGGCCAGUACGUCGGCGACUCUCCUCUACAACUUGAGCGGAUCGAUGUCUAUUUCAACGAGGCGAGCGGUGGGAAGUACGUUCCUCGCGCCGUCCUCAUGGAUCUGGAGCCUGGAACCAUGGAUUCGCUCAGAUCUGGACCGUUCGGUCAGAUUUUCCGUCCGGAUAACUUCGUCUUUGGGCAGUCCGGCGCCGGUAACAACUGGGCGAAAGGUCAUUACACCGAGGGAGCCGAGUUGAUUGAUUCCGUGCUCGACGUCGUGAGGAAGGAGGCUGAGAACAGCGAUUGUCUACAAGGUUUCCAAGUUUGCCAUUCUUUGGGCGGAGGAACUGGAUCUGGGAUGGGAACUCUUCUCAUUUCCAAGAUCAGAGAGGAAUAUCCAGAUCGUAUGAUGAUGACCUUCUCAGUGUUUCCUUCUCCUAAGGUCUCUGACACUGUUGUUGAGCCAUACAAUGCAACUCUCUCUGUGCAUCAGCUUGUUGAGAACGCUGACGAGUGUAUGGUCUUGGACAAUGAAGCUCUCUACGACAUCUGCUUCCGUACCCUCAAGCUUGCUAAUCCUACAUUCGGUGACCUGAACCACCUCAUCUCGGCUACAAUGAGUGGUGUUACUUGCUGUCUCCGUUUCCCUGGUCAGCUAAACUCCGACCUUAGGAAGCUCGCCGUGAACCUGAUCCCUUUCCCAAGGCUCCACUUCUUCAUGGUUGGUUUCGCUCCAUUGACAUCCAGAGGAUCACAGCAGUACAGUGCCUUGAGCGUCCCAGAACUGACCCAGCAGAUGUGGGAUGCCAAGAACAUGAUGUGCGCUGCUGACCCUCGUCAUGGACGUUACCUGACCGCAUCCGCUGUGUUCCGUGGAAAGCUGAGCACCAAAGAGGUCGAUGAGCAGAUGAUGAACAUCCAGAACAAGAACUCAUCCUACUUCGUUGAAUGGAUCCCAAACAACGUCAAAUCCAGCGUCUGUGACAUUGCACCAAAGGGUUUGAAGAUGGCAUCGACCUUCAUCGGGAACUCGACUUCGAUCCAGGAGAUGUUCAGGCGUGUGAGCGAGCAGUUCACUGCUAUGUUCAGGAGAAAGGCUUUCCUCCAUUGGUACACAGGAGAAGGCAUGGACGAGAUGGAGUUCACCGAAGCAGAGAGCAACAUGAACGAUCUUGUUGCGGAGUACCAGCAGUACCAGGAUGCUACAGCCGGCGAAGAGGAGUACGAGGAAGAAGAGGAGUACGAGGAGGCUUAA